AUGGCCCUGGCCGACCGUUGUGAUAUCCUCGUCGUCGGUAGUGGAAACGCUGGCUUUUCCGCCGCUAUUUCUGCUGCCGAAGCCGGCAGUGCGAGGGUACUGCUCAUAGACACAUGCCCUGAGGAGUGGGCUGGCGGCAACACUUACUUUACGGCCGGUGCAUAUCGCACCGUUCACGGAGGCUUGCAAGACGUCCUACCUCUUGUAAACAACGUCAGCCCUGAGCAAAUAGCAAACAUUGAACUUGCUCCCUAUCUCGAGCAGAAUUUCUCGGACGAUAUUGAACGUGCCUGCUCCAGUAGGUCUGACCCUGAGCUGGCACGUAUUCUUGUGAAGGAUUCCAACUCGACCAUCAAAUGGCUGGCCAGCCAUGGGAUCCGCUUUCAGUUGUCUUUCAACCGACAAGCAUACGAGGUGGGAGGAAAGAUCAAGUUUUGGGGCGGUAUGUGUCUGAAAACGCAAGACGGAGGAAAGGGUCUUGUUGCCGAUUUCCGGGCCGCCGCCAAAACCAGCGCAGUGACAGUUUCAUGGUCCACGACCUUGAUUAGUGUCCAGAAUGACUCCUCGUCCGGCCACUCCAUUAUAACAGUCGAGAAAGAUGGGACGCAGCAGACCAUCGAGGCCAAGGCCAUCAUCUUCGCUGCGGGGGGGUUCGAGUCAAAUCCCCGCAUGCGCAGCGAGCAUCUCGGGCCUGGGUGGGAUAGGGCCAUGGUUCGCGGCACGCCCUUCAAUACAGGUUCCUGUCUUGAGCUGUGUCUCCGCGAUCUGAACGCCAAAGCAGUCGGAGAUUGGUCUGGAUGCCACUCAGUCGCGUGGGACGCAGCCGCGAAUCCGACCACAGGUGACCGCGAGGCGUCCAAUGAAUACACCAAGUCGGGCUACCCACUGGGUCUGAUGAUUAACGUUCACGGGCAUCGCUUUGUGGAUGAGGGAGUUGAUUUCCGCAACUACACGUACGCGAAAUUUGGCCGAGCUAUCCUCUCGCAGCCGGAACAUGUUGCCUUCCAGAUUUGGGACGCCCGUGGCGCUGAGUGGCUGCGAGACGAGGAGUAUCGACCUGAGCGGGUGGAACGCAUCAUGGCUGAUAGUAUCGAAUUACUGGCCCAGAAAUGUGUUCCGCGAGGCUUGCGCGAUGCCGAACAAUUUAGCAGGACUGUCCAGGACUAUAACGAAGCCGUCUACGGAUUCCAACAUGAAAACCCGGACGCCGCUUGGGAUCCUGCGGUCAAGGAUGGCUACUCGACACAGUCUUCAAUGAGGAGACUAGACCUACCCAAGUCAAACUGGGCUUUACCAUUGGACCAUGGUCCCUUUGUCGCUGUCAAGGUCACCUGCGGAAUAACUUUCACUUUCGGUGGCUUGCAGAUCGAGCCCGAGUCAGCACAACUUGUCAGUGCGAAGGACGGAAAUUCGAUGCAGGGGCUCUACUGCGUGGGCGAGAUGAUGGGAGGGUUGUUCUAUGGGAACUAUCCUGGUGGGAGCGGCUUGAUGUCAGGAGCUGUCUUUGGUAGGCGUGCCGGUCGAGCCGCUGCCGAAGCUAUCUUGAAGUCAAGUACUGGUCCGAUUUAA